AUGGCUGGAAAAGAUUCAGUAAAUAAUGUUGAAAUUCGAGCUUACAUCAAAGCGCGUAUGACAUUUGGGUUAAGUGGUGCAGCCAUUCAUAAAGAACUUUGUCGUAUUUAUGGACCAUCUGUGGUUAGUGAAAGAACAGUUCAGAGAUGGAUUGUUAAGUUUAAAAGUGGAACGGAGUCACUAAACGAUGCUAGUGGUAGGGGAAGAAAACACAUAGUGGUCACCAAAAACAACAUUAAAAAAGUGCAAGAACUCAUAAACAAAGAAGCUCGAUAUACAGUUUCUGAAAUAGCUAAGUAUACUGGCAUUUCAACGGGAAGUACAUUUACGAUUCUAAAGAAGCACCUCAAAGUUAAGAAGAUUGCAGCCAGAUGGAUACCACAUUUAUUAACUGAAAAGCAAAAGCAAGAGCGUGUAAAAUGUGCCAAGAAAUUAUUGAAGAUGUUUCCCAACUAUAACGAUCGUAAAUUUUCUAACAUUGUAACUGGAGACGAAAGCUGGUUACACUUUUUUGAGCCCACACGGAAGGUAAAUAAUAAGAUAUGGGCCAGCAAACAUACCCGUAGGCCCUGUGUAGCUAAAAGAAUGACUAGCACAAAGAAGGUUAUGUAUGCCAUGUUCUUUGGUAUACAUGGUGUAGUGACACAAGUUCCUAUUCCAAAAGGUCGUAUCGUUACUGCAAAGUUUUACAAACGAAUAGUGUUAAACAAAGUUGACAAAUAUUAUCGCAAACGUCGUCCAAAUACUGGUAUGAGAGGUUUGUAUCUACUCCAUGACAACGCUACUCCACACAAGGCAGACAUUGUUAAGAAAUUCUUGGAGAGCAAACGUGUAACUGUGCUUAAUCACCCACCAUACUCGCCAGAUUUGGCACCCUGGGAUUUCUUCCUGUUUCCAAGAUUAAAGAAACACCUUCAUGGUCGCCGUUACAGCACCAGAAAUGGACUUGGUUCAGCAUUACAUCAGUUGUGUAGGGAAUUAAAAGGUAACGUUAAUUUACAAGCAUGCGCUACACACUUCAAAGAGUUAAGAUGA